AUGGUCUCCAACACAGACAUUACCUACCUCCGUCGGUGCGUCGAGCUCGCCCGCGAAGCCCUACAGGCCGGCGACGCCCCCUUUGGCUCGGUCCUCGUGGACGCCGCCGGGAACAUCCUCAAAGAAGACCGCAAUCGCACCGUGACCGACGCCGACGUCACGCUGCACCCGGAGCUCACUCUCGCCCUGUGGGCGCAGAAGAAUUUGAGCCAGAACGAACGGGCAACAGCAACGGUCUACACGUCUGGCGAACACUGUCCGAUGUGUGCUGCCGUCCAUGCAAACGUGGGGUUGGGCCGUAUUGUCUACGCUAGCUCCUCUGCGCAGUUUGAUCAGUGGAGGAAGGAGUUGGGGGUGACGCCUGGGCCUGUUGUGUCCCUUCCGAUUAAUCAGGUGGCGCCCGGGUUGAAGGUUGAAGGUCCGGCGCCCGGUCUGGAUGAGGAGGUUCGGGAGUUGCAUCGGGUGAGCGAGUGGGCUUCUAGCGAUGAUGGACGAUGA